AUGGCCGACGUCCGGUCCAAGAACCUUUACGAGCUUCUUGGCAAUGAUCCUGAAUUCGACCCCAACAGAGCUCCUGAACCCCCCACGCGAGCUAUCGACAAGCCUGUUGCUCGCGCUGGCAAGCGCGAUGCCCCCAAGGAGCCCGUGAGCCAGGCUCCCGCCGAGACCAACAACCGCCGUGGUGGUCGCGCCACCGGCAACGAGGCCGCUUUCCGUGACCGCAACGCCGGCCGCGGCAACAACCGCGAGAAGACCACCGAGGAGACCCAGGGUCCCCGUCGCCAGCGUGGUGACCGCGCCCCCCGUGACCGUCAGUCCCGCACCGGCCAGACCGGUACCCGCAAGCAGGUUGCCCAGGGCUGGGGUGGCCAGAGCGGCGAGAAGGAGCUGGCCGACGAGAAGGCCGGCGAGAAGAUCGCCCACACCGAGGAGGCCGAGCCUCAGACCCCCGGCGAGGCCGAGGAGGCCGCUGAGAAGACCAUGUCUCUGUCCGACUACCUGGCCGAGAAGGCCGCUCAGGGUGACCUCAGCGCCAAGCCCGUCCGUGCCGCCAACGAGGGCAGCCAGCUCGACAAGAAGUGGGCCAGCGCCAAGGAGAUCAAGCGCGGCGAGGAGGAGCAGGAGUACUUCAAGGGCAAGGAGGAGAAGGCCCGCCGCGAAAAGCAGCGCAAGGAGAAGACCUUCCUCGAUGUCGACCUGCGCUUCGUCGAGCCCCCCCGCGCCGGCGGUAGCGCUCCUCGUGGCGGCCGUGGCGGCCGCGGUGGUGCCCGUGGUGGCGCUCCCCGUGGCGGCCGUGGCAACGGCCCCCGCGGUGGUGACCGUGCCGGCCCUGCCCCUGGCGCCGCUCCCGCUGUCUCCGUUGACGAGAAGAACUUCCCCAGCCUUGGCGGCAAAUAA